GUUUCCUACUUCUCAAUCGCAGCGGACGAUGGUUCCCGGUGUGGAUCGGCGCUGCGGUUUCCUGGAGAUCGGCCUCUCCUCGUUACUUGAUCUUUCCAUAUCUUAUUCCCUGUGUAGCCUCUCUUCACUCAUCAGUCCAUCGCUGUCGUCUUUCUUUCAAGCUUCUCUGAGUGCGAAUUGGUCAACAGCAGGAUACUAAUUUGAUUAUUUGGGUUGAAUUAGCUAACUGAACAAGAUGGAUCAUGAAAAUGGAUAUGGUGUGGAAGUCACUGGGCUAUCUCCAGCCGUUACUGAGAAAGAUCUCAUCGACUUCUUCUCCUUCUCUGGUGCAAUCGAAUAUAUUGAUAUUGUCAGGUCGGGUGAGCAAGCGUGCACUGCGUAUGUGAUGUUCAAGGAUCCUUACUCUCAGGAAACUGCCGUCUUCAGAAUCGAAUCACUCGGUUCUUUGAUUUUAACUUCAAGGGGCAACCAUAUUGGAGCAGCGAGUUUGCAUAACUCGUUGGGGACAGCAUCACGAGGAGUUUGACUUCUGGACCGCGACUCAGCGUGGUUUUGUUGAUGACACAAACUCACAUGUAUGAAUCUCUUGCUUUUAUCUUUCUACAAGCCACUGGAUAGCAAUUUAGUUAUGUUCAGUAUAGUCUUCAUGUUGAAAGAACCGAUGAUUUUGUGCUGGUUUGCUCUCAUGUAAUAUAUCAAUCUUUCAUA